GGAGAGAGCUUGACUGGCUCGGACUCGCGCGCAGGAGGCCUGAUGGAGACUGUGGUGGUGAAGAUGAUGGCGAGCGUGACUCAAACCGCUCUCGCUGCGCUUUUUCACGAACAAUGACUCCAAAGUCGGCAGUGAUGGCGGGUAUAAAUUCUGCUCGUCCAGCUGACGCGAUGAUUUCUUCAAGCCGUUCAAGGUCUGCCAACCAUAAACCGGCCCAGGACGAGGAGGGAAGCCCAUUUGGCUGUCUCUCAUCAAGUAAACUUUGUAAGGUAGUUAACAGUUGCAGCCUUCGCUCUGAUCUAAACUCGGCAUUCAAGCCGCCUUGGGUCGCCAUGGCCACGUUCAAUAAUAGUAUUAAUUCAACGAACAAUUACGGGAUAGAAGUGACAAGAGGGUUAAAGAGAGGGACCUGAUCUCGGGAGAAGGGGUCAACAGACACAAGAGUUUGUACGAGGACAAGUAGUAACUUGUAGGGCCAGAGCGCGGUUACGGGCAUGUUGUAGUCAAGAUAUAAAUAACUAGUUAGGUUAUAGUUUAUCGCUGAUCCUUGCAAAGGUGCGAUUAGUUAGCCGAAGUGUGGACCACGUGAUACAGUCACCUGACGUUGACCGCACCUGGGCAGGCCUCAGCAGGCAAGGUUGAAGGUAUAAGAAUUCUAUAUAAAGAGUAAGAAGGUAAAAAGGAGAUAGGUGUAAGAGGUAAGAAAUAGAAUAAGGUGAGGUGUGGCCUAGGAGUACCCAGAUAGAAUAGAGAAUUUUACCCUAUGAAUACAUUACUCUGUGUACCUAGUUAGGCGAGUGAACACGGGCAUAUAGGUAGGUAGAUCCCUCAAAGGGUGGCAUUUCAGCAAUUAGGCAGUUCCACGGUAAUAAUACAAUUAACAAGAAGCACAUUGCAAUCAUCCUAAUUUAAAUCUCCAAGUUCCUGCACAAGCAUCUGGCUACGCUCGUCAUUGUCAUCUUGACCAGGUUCAGACUCAUUCUCAGCAGCCGGGGUUGCAGGUUGGGGCGCCGGGCAACGCCGACUGUUAUCCAGCCAAUUAUACUUCUUCAUACGCAUACGGUUCAAGGCAGAAACAGCAGGCUUUGCGGUUACUGGUUUUUCGGCAGUAAGAUCGAUCCUUGCAGGCUCUGAGGCCACUGUUGUAGGCUUGGAUGUUCCUUGAUGAGAAGCAAGGUUUGCUGCCGUAGCCUUGGAGGCUACAGCGAUUGCGGCAUGAUACUGCGUGAGGAGGUUGAGGUGGGCAGCUUCAAGGUUCCGAAACUUGUUGCGCCAGAGUUCCGCAUCAGCUGUGGCUUCUUCAAUUGCCUUGUUUUUGAAAGUUAUCGACCGUUUCAGGAGGGUACAUUCUUCCCUCAUCUGUUGUGCCUUUGACUUUCCAGUAACAGGGUCAAUGUCCCCCCACUGCGCAGAAAACCAUGCAAUUUUAUCCCGCUCAUAUCUCAUCCUAUGCGCUAUCCUGCGGUAUUGGUUGAUUCUGUGGUUAACUGUGCUGUCUGCUACUUCAACACACUUGACGUGAGCGACUGGAGUCGACGGUAGAUAGCCUAGUGGUCCACCCAUGCGAGGAUAGGGUGAAAUAUAUUUCUCUGCAUUGCGGUGCGUAGUGAAAACCUGUCUGUACAUGGAAUUGAGUAGAUCUUGGCUUCCGAUAUUGUUGUAUUUUUUUAUAAUUUCUGAUACUGGUUUUCGUACCCACGGCUUGAGAAAGACUGGCUCGGCACCCGGAGGGGAUUCUGGGGGCGAUAGGAUCGAGGAGAAGACAGUAUGACAGGGCCUUCCAGGAAGAGACAACGGUUGAUGGAUUGGAACUGGCGGCGGAACGGGUUCACCGGGAACUUCAACAUCGUCAAACAAAGAGUCAACUGAUGAUUCACGUUCUCUUCGAGAAUUAUCAUCAGGAAUACAUUGCGUGGGUGGCGAACGCAGGGCACGUUCCACAGUUAUAGCUUGCGAUACAUUCUCCUGCUCAUAUGAGCGGCCCGUACGUUGAAGUAGAGCAAGAUGUGACCCAUUGUGAGAGGAAGCUAUUGAGCCGUCGCUAGAGUGACAGGAAGUAGCAUCGCAGAGGGUCGAAGGACUUGCAAUUCGAAUGGUUCCAGGAGUAUUGGAGGGUGAUUUGCACAGUCUUUUAGAAGUUUCACAGGUGUCGUCGGUACGGGCAUUCGUGGCAUCAUCUAUGCAAUCAAAAGACCUUUUCAGCACAUGCUUACCAUCAUCCAGUCCCGCUGUUAAGGCGCCCGUGUGUUCGUCGAGUGACGGUUGGUAACCGUGAGUUUCCGUAUUUUCCGCCGCUGGGAUUGUGUUGCCGUUCAGCGUAGUAUCGUGUUGUAGUAGGCUACCAUCGACAUUAUCGUUGCCUCCGUUUGAGGCUGUGAGUCUGUCCAAGGCAUCCUGAAAAUCACUUCCAUCACCGAAAAGACCCAGAUCAGAGAGUGAGUCAAGUCCCUCAGUAACGUAUGGUUCAGCCGGAAACCCCCACAAGUGCUGCAGCUGUGGUUCAAUUAAAUGUGUAAGCUCUUGGCCUUGAUUCAUAGCUGGCUGAGAGUUGGGAGAGUUUUCUGUCCGCAGCUCAUGAGGGCUUUGGAUAGGAGAAAAACAGCAAGGAAGUGUCUGUAAAGAAGCAUAAAUACCUUCUGAUGGCGAGGACUGCAUCGUGUUCAUAACACGGUGCAAUCCUGCUGUGGCUUUUGAUGCUAUUCAAUCCGUCACAAGGACUAAUAGAUCAGUCAAAAGGAGAAACAACAACCCCUCUCCGAGCCUGUAGCCGUAACUUAACAAGUCUGUAAGGGAAGCAAGAUUCGAGACCAGUCCAAGCGGUCACUACUAAUAGCCCCUGCUGUCCACUUGUUAUGUUGCUCGGUCUAGCUGGUUGGUGUGGUUGAAGUUGUUGAUGUUAAUGUCGUGGAAGUCAAAGUUGAGUUCUGUCAAUUUUUGUCCAGCAGAUAGUCACAUGACCAAUGACCCUUGCGGUUACAUAAUACGUCGAUUUAACUCGAACCUUUAUUUAUGGGCGUCGAAGGGAUAUUUACGGCCAAUAACUCGCCAUAUAGCAAUGAAAUAGACUGUUUUUUUGGAUGAUAAUAUAGAGUUAUGGAAGUUCUAUUUACGGAUAAAUGUCUUUGGAAUUUUAAAUAUUUAUCACACCUAGAUAUCCAGGAUAGAUAAUAUGAUGCCGGGUCCGAUUGAAUUGAGCGGCAAAAUAUUUCUCCGACUUCAGUCAACGCUCGGGCCACCUGCAGUAUAUCGAGAUUCUUCCACGAGAAACCAAGAAGAAAUAUAGAAAGCUCUUGAUGAACAGAGAGCUGUGAAGAAAGGAGAAAGCAUAAGGAAGAAGGGUUUCCAAACAAGAACUGAGCUGUGAUGAGCUUACUCCAGCUAAGAAAAUAACAACUGAAGGUCCACGUCGCGCGUCGCAGCCAUGAGUGUGAUUCUUUGUACAGGUAUGUCACCAUCCCGCAUUUUGAUAAAUAUCUAUCAAUGCAGCUAACUGGCUGUCUGUGCUGGGUUUAGCGGGAUAUGACCAUAUUAUCCGGUAUGUCCAGCGGGUGUUGAACUAUCUUAACCUUGAGACCGCGUAACUGACUUAAUUCUAGAUUUUGGGAGGCCCUAUCAGGCAUAUGUUCCCGCACCAUCCAGCACCCAGAGUCCCAGGUCAACCGGCUAUGCAUCACCCCAGAUAAACGCUUUGUUGCCGCCGCGGGCAGGCAUCGAGUGUACCUUUACGAUAUCCGAUCUACAAACCCAAACCCAGUGAUGAAGUUUGAUGGACAUACAAAUAAUAUCACUGGCGUCGCAUUCCACUGUGAAGGAAAAUGGAUGGUGACCAGCUCCGAGGACUGCACGGUGAAGGUGUGGGAUGUUAGGUCUGGGACACUACAGAGGAAUUAUACUCACAAAGCCCCUGUGAACGAUGUGGUUAUUCAUCCCAACCAAGGUGAAUUGAUUAGCGGAGAUGGCUCUGGCUUUAUCCGGGUCUGGGAUCUGGGAGAAAGCAGAUGUACCCACCAAUUGAUACCCGAGGAAGAUGUGUCUGUGGCUAGUGUUAGCGUUGCCAGUGAUGGAUCUUUACUGUGUGCUGGAAAUAACAAGGGAAACGUAUACCUCUGGAGAAUGUUGCAGAAUCAAGAUGAAACAAGCAUUGUCCCCGUUGCGACUUUCCAAGCGCAUAAGGACUAUCUGACUAGAGUACUACUCUCGCCAGACGUCAAGCAUUUGGCAACCUGCUCAGCAGAUCAUACAGCCAAGGUUUGGUCCUUAGAUCCAGAAUAUGGGCCAGCAAAAAUGGCCGCUGCCGCCAGGGAGAAGGCAGCCAAGGAAGCCGCCCAAAAAACUCCUGGACCCGCCUCCGCUGCUACUUCUGUUACUGCUUCUCCAAACGGACAAAAAGGUGAAGCCAUAAAGACACCGCCCAAGACCCGAACAGAAUGGAAUGGAAAGGGGUCUCCAGCCAGCGGUUCAAUCAUCGCAUCUGGCGGAAGUACAGAAAUAUCUGCCUCGGAACUUACCCAGAAUGAUAGCUUUGUUUCGGAUCAGCCAUUUUCUUCUUUUCUUGAUGGACCACCUAUGGACCACACCACAAAUACGCUUUUCCUGGAAACUACAUUAGCCAGUCAUCAAAGAUGGGUAUGGGACUGUGCUUUCUCGGCUGACUCUGCAUACCUGGUUACAGUGUCUAGUGAUCAUUGUGCACGUCUAUGGGAGCUUUCGUCAGGGCAGAUCAUCCGGCAGUAUCAAGGCCAUCAUCGUGGCGCGGUCUGCGUUGCCCUGAAUGAUUACUCCGAGCCGCGGUAG